AUGAUCUCCGAUUACGUGAAUAAUGGACAAUUGAUUAACAGAAAUGAAUUUGACAAAGGAUUGUCUCAAAAAAUGCGCGAGGUUUUGCCACCGAUGUUGAUGAAGCACGAUUUAUUACUUUCAUCUAAUAAUUUCGCGUCUCAUACCUGCGUUUAUUUUGAUUUUUCAAUUAAACAUAAAGUUAUUGGUCGAAUGGUAUUCAAGCUUUACAAUAAUGUACCACAAACAACAGAAAAUUUUCGAAGUUUGUGUGUUGGUGACAAGCAUUUAUGUUAUGUUGGUAGUAAAUUAACUCAUGUCUUUCCCCAAUAUUUAAUUCGAGGAGGUGAUAUAACGAAUUUCGAUGGUUCGGGUGGUGAAUGUAUUUAUGGGAAAACAUUUGCUGAUGAAAAUUUUAACAACAAACAUUCCAAACCCGGUACUUUAUCGAUGACUAAUUUUGAUCCGAAUACCAAUAAUUCCCAAUUUUUCAUAACUUAUAUUGGACUUCCAUUCUUCGAUGAUACAUAUGUUGUUCUCGGCGAAAUUUCAAGUGGCAUGGACGUUAUGCAUGCCAUCAUGAAUCAGGGAAGUGUCACUGGUCGACCUAAAACAGAUAUCAUGAUCGUCGAAUGUGGAACAACCAAUGAAAACUAA